GUAGAUGGUCUCUCGUCACACGCUGUACUUUGCUCCUUUGCCCGGCCUCUCGACGUGUUACUCGGGACGGUGUGCCUUGCUGUUCCUGCUCCCUCGGCCAAAGUGCAGUAAUGUGCAGCCCACGGAAAUGGCUCCGAGCAUUAGCUUCUGUGCGUUCAUGUUGUCAUUGAGGAGAGUCUAUUAGAGGAUCAUCAUCAUCAUCUGGCAUCCACCACCACCACUACUGAGUCUCUUCAGGGGCUGGGAUGGCUUGAAGGCGGAGAUGCCAUGGAGGAAAGGGAGAGGACUGGGCUCAAAACCAAGGCAGAGGAAGAGAGGCAGCCGCUCAGCUAUCCCUACACUCUUCACAAUUACUGAGGAAGAGGAGGGACAGAGACUGAGAGAUGGUAUCAGGAAGAAGACCAAAGCAUCCUUCUAUAAAUUGGACGAUGGCAGAGUCUCUUCACCCGCCCGGCCAAGCUCAUCGCUCUCUGGACAAAUCUACUCUCCCACCCUGACCUCGACGCCCACUCCCACCCCCGCGGCCACCAGCAACAGCCCCAGCUGCAACACUCCACCACCCAAAAUAGACUCUUUGCUCUUCAACAAAACCGAUGAGAGACUGAGGCUGGCCCGUGAGCGUCGAGAGGAACGCGAGAAGCUGAAUGCCACCAAGGAGGCCCAGUGGCAGGCGCGAGAGGAGCGAGCCAGGCAGCACUACGAGAAGCACCUCGAGGAGAGGAGGAGGAAGCUGGAGGAGCAGCGGAUGAAGGAAGAGCAGAGACGAUUGGCUGUGGAGGAGAAGCGACGACAGAAACUGGAGGAUGACAAGGUUCGUCAUGAGGCUGUGAUGCGGCGGACUAUGGAGCGUAGUCAGGUGACCAGACCAAAGACCAACCGCUGGUCCUGGGGUGGACCUCUGCACCCCAACAGCUCCGGCUCGCCGACCGAUGCAGACAGGAGGUCUGUGUCCACGGUGAAUUUAUCCAAACAGCACGACGCCGUCAUGAUCAAGCGCCUGUCCUUGUCCUCUGCCACGCUCCUCCACUCGCCUGACCGAGGGUUAAAGGCGAGAACAACCUCUACCCCUGUCAUAAACAAAGCUCCGUCCAAAACCUGUCUAAACCAGGGGAUGACCACCCACCACAGAAACACAGGUCCACGCCGCCUUCCUCUGACACCCUGGGAGAGCAACAUGGUGAACCGCCUGCAGCAGCCCACGCACUCCUACCUGGCACGGAGUUGCAGUGCUGUGAGUCUCUCUGGAGAGCAAACAGCCAUGCUUGUGUGUCCUCGCUCAGUGUCCUGCCACCCCAUGGGCUCAUUGUCAUUCAAGACCCUGCAGGCCCACCCACUCUCUCACAGCCGCAGCCAUGACCGCAGCCUCAGCAGGGAGACGGCCUCAUCCGCGCCUGCCCGCAGGAGGACCACCGGGACCACACAGACACCGCAGAAGAACCGCGACUCUGCCAGGAAGUCAUGGAACAACCUGUCGCUGCCCCUGGGUCCUGCUCUUACCUUACCCCUCAAAUUGCGGUCCUCAUCACCCAUCAAAAGGAACAGUAAAUUAACAGCGCCCUCUCCUGGCAGGUCUCCUCACAAAAUCACAGCAUGCCCCCCAACCCCAAAGAUGCUCAAGUCUCCCGGGACAGAGCAUCCCGGAAACCUGCGCCCUGUCAAGGUGUCGCCUGAGAUUGUGCAGCCGUCAACGCCCAGCAAAACCCAAGAAGUGGAAGACGAGCAGGUCCUCAGUCCUCCCCAGCCGGCGGACCAUAACAAGACGGAGCAAAUGAUGACAACCACCACCAGCGACCCAGCUCUCAAGCCUUUUGCCGGGACCAUGGAUCGAGAGGAGGCAAGCCGCAUCCUAGCUGAGAACCGGCGACUGGUCCGCGGGCAGAGAGAGAGGGAGGAAGAGGAGCGAAGGCAGCAAGAGGAGCAGGCGAGGUUAGCCAAGGAGGAGAUUGCUCGCCGCAAGGCAGAGGAGCGAGUGAGGAGAGAGGAGGAUGCCCAGCGCCAAGCAGAAGAGAGGAGACUGAAGGAAGAGGAGGAGAGAAAGAUGGAGGAGGAGCGACUCCAGCAAGAGAGAGAGGAGGCAGAGAGAGCCCAGAAGCAGCGAGAGGAGGAAGAAUCUCGCCAGAAAGAGGAGACGGAGAGACUGAGGCAGGAGAGGGAGAAGCACUUCCAGAAAGAGGAAGCCGAGCGGCUGGAAAGGAAGAAGCGUCUGGAGGAGAUAAUGAAGAGGACCAGACGGUCUGACACAACAGAUAAGAAAGUAACCCCCAACAGAGACGGACUAGUGGCCGCCGCCUCACCGAGCCCAUCUGAAGGGACACCGACCCUGCAUCGUAAUGGCAACGGUUGCCAACCGGACCCCAACCUGACCGCCAGCACUGCCACAGUUUGCCCUCCUGUGCAGAGGGAGAACGGAGAGUUUGAGGAGGUGCUUGAACUGCUUUCGCAUCCCAGGUUGCAGGAAGAUGAGCUGCAGCAGCAGGAGGGAGAGGAAGACGAGGAGAGAGUUCCUGUCAUGGCCUUCAGGGAGAACGGCCUCCCAAAGCCUCUGGGCAGUGGAGUAGACGAUAGAGCAGCCCAGCAGGGAGCAGGCAACCAAUCAAAAUGGGAUCUGGUUAAUAAACGAAGACCAACGCCAGAGAUUAAAUAUCUGCUUCAACUAUCAGACGUUGCCUGACGGUGUGUCCGGACAGGAUGAGCCGACCAUGGAGAACCAGGAAGGAAGACUGUUGGAUGCGGAGGAUCAUGUGAAAUCCAAAAAAGGCUCUUAGAGCAUUGUAGACGUGCUCAAUUCCGCCUUUCAGGACACUUGCACGGUGACAAGAGCAUCCGUUUCCCCAAAGAUGGUAACCCCAAAGGUCGCCCUUAAAUAUCUCAGGAGAGGAUACUGAUUGAGGCAGUAUGUUUUUUUUGUUUUGUUUUUUUUGGGUUCUAUCCCUUUUCUGAAAUAACCACCAGAGGGGGAAUAUUUGAAAUUUACUCCACCAGUGACAGCAAACCAAGAUGAGUUGUAAAGUCUUUGAUUCUAAAACUUGAUGGUUUUUCUUCUUCCUAGUUUGACAGGCAACGUCAGCAAUGCGAGGUGAAAGCGGAACCUUUUUGUUUUCUUCAGAAAUGUUACAGGAAAAACGCGUUGGAAGAGGUUUGUGUCACGUGACAUUAAGCUGGUCUCAGUGUUUAAAAGAAAAAAGUAGUGAUUGGGGGCAAGGUGCUGGGUUGGACUAGGACGGGCUACUACAGAUCUAUUUAGAUUUUUGUUUUUUUUAGUUUAUUUAAUUGUUGUACAUAUCAAACUUUAUUGCUGUAACCCAACUUUCUGUUCAACAUACGCUCACGACGAGCUCCCGAGAUGUUAAAUCUCAUUCAUUUGAUUGUGAAUAUUUUGGCAUACAUGCUGCUAAUUGUUUUCGGACGCCUUACCACGUAUAAAGUUAAGAUGAUAAUCGAAAAACAACCUUUCCACUUGGACAUGCGUCUCGUGCAGUACUGCCAACAUGGAUGUUGGUAAAGAAGUGAGCUCACAAAUGGCUUAAACAGAAAUGUGUAUACCAUAUAGCAAUUCUAUAAAUAAUGUAUGAAAGUAAAUAUAUUUUACUAAGAACAACCAGAGUAAAAAGAGGAAAAUCUAUUCCAGCUGUAUUAUUUGAAAAUAAAUCUUUGACGUUAA